GAUGGUCUAGUUAUUGCUGGUGUGCGCCUUGUCUUUGAAUUCACUGAAUGGUGUAAUUCCGCGAUUGCCACCUUCCCGCUCAUCCGACUCCCCUUGUGUUCCGCCUUCCCCCAUCUCCCUUUUCCGCAUUGCCCACUGUUCGCCCCGCAUCGUUGCGCCUCAUCGUCCCGCCACAUUGUCGUCGCGCCAUACGUUCCGCCCAUCGUUCCGCCCAUCGUUCCGCCCAUGAUUGCGCCGCAGCGACGACGACAACGACGAGCGGGAGCUGCAAGUGAUAUGGCGCGAAUACAAGGCGGCGGGCAUGCAGGUUCCACGACACCCACACACACCCCCACUCAUCCCUCCUCUCCUCCCUCUCUCCCUCCUCUCCUCCCUCUCUCCCUCCUCUUCUCCCUCUCUCCCUCUUCCCUCUCUCCACACCAUCUCCCCCCCUCCCUCCCUCGCCUCCUCUCCCCCCCCUUCUCGCGGGAGCAGGACUCGUUCCGGUUUCUCGGAAUCUUCCUGGAGUCGUUUAUCCGGAUAUACGAGGACUGGAAGCCAGAGCCCCCCCAGAGGGACAAGGCCAGCAGCGGCAAGGGGGGGGAUGGGGGCCGGAUGCGCCUGGGGUUCCGCUCUAGUGGCGGAGGGGACGCGGGUGCUGGGGCGAGGGGGACGAUUGUGGGGUGCGGGCAGGGCCAUCCGACGGCUGUGAUUCAGCAGAUGGUGUUUGAGAUCAAGAACACCAUUCCAGCCAUCCUGGAGAUGGAAUCAGAGGACCUGUCGGACCGGGCCUUUGUGCUCAACCUGCUGUGUGCGCUCACAAUUGCUCUGCGCUCCGCACACAACCGCCGCGUCUUUGCCUUCUAUGAUGGAUACGCCGCACUCACCAUUUUAUUUAAAGACGUAGUUGCUCAGUUCAAAUCGGUGCAAGGCAUGGCAACAGCAGGCAGGCAACGCCACUCCCGCCCCACCUCCCCCGACACCUCCUCCCCCCCUUCCCCCGACGCCUCUGCCUCGGACCCGCUCCUCUCCCCUAUCCACCCCCCCUCCGCCUCCUCUUCCCGCCAAUCCCCCCCCUGGGGGGGAGCCGGCUCAGGGAUUUCCGACCCGCAUGAGACAAGCCAUGCCGGCCACACGCGGGUCAGGGGGAGCGGCAGCGGGGGGGGAGGGGAUGGAGGGGGAGGGUCGAGUAAUCAGGAGUUGCUGAUGCAGCUGCGGCGGCAGCAGCGGUUUCUGCAAAGCGUGGUGGUGCAUCUGCUGCCGUGUCUGGUUGGGAUUUUCCACACAGAGCUCACUCGUGUGGUGGCCUCUGCCAAGAGAAAAGCAGCAGCGGCGGCAGCAGCAGCAGCAGCGGCGGCGGCAGCAGCUAGUUCAGCAGAACAGUCGAACCUCUUUGCGCCGAAUCUGUUUGCGGCGAUUGGGGGGGGGAUUGGGGGGGGGAUGGGGGGAGGGAUGGGGAGCGCGGGAGGGAGAGGGGGAGGAAGUGGGGGCAGUGGAGGGGCGGAUGGGAGUGGGGAUGUGGAGGAGGGGAGUGCACGGAUGAGUCAAGUGUUGGUGGAACUUCAUGGCAUAGACUCGUUGCUCGAGCUGCUGCACAUACUCCGUGUGGAGCAGGACAGGGGCAACCGGGCAGCGUCCCCCCUGCUGCUGCUCUCGCUGCAGCUGCUGCGCCUGGCGUCCGCUCUCAGCCGCUCUGCUCACCGCACGCUCUGCAACUGCGGCAGUCUCUCCCUGCUUGUGCAGCUGCUGGGGAGGCCUCCUUCCUCCAGUAUCCCCGAGGGCAAUCAGCUGGCUUUGGAGGAGCACCUAGGGGUGCAGCUGCUGGCGCUGGUGGUGAUCCGAGAAGCAUGCUACGCGUCCCCCACGUGUCUCGUGCGUCUGCACUCCCUAUCGCUCUUCCCCCGCGUCUCCCGCCUGCUGCAGUGGGCUGCUCGCACCUUCUCCGCGCCCCCUGUCCCCUCCUCCUCGGAAAGCUCCCUCAUGCCUCCGCCCCCUCUCCCCGCCUCCUCCUUCCUCUGCACCUCCGAUUCCAUUCUCACGAUUGAUGUGCGAAGGGAACGGCGAGAGGAGGAGGAGGAGGAGGAGGAGGAGGAGGAGGAGGAGGAGGAGGAGGAGGAGGAGGAGGAGGAGGAGGAGGAGGAGGAGGAGGAGGAGGAGGAGGAGGAGGAGGAGGAGGAGGAGGAGGGCAGGCCGGGAGGGGGAGCAGGCGAGAUGAUGAGCAUGGACGACCUAGCACUGCAGGACUACUUCCGAAACACGUCCUGUACGCUCCAGUGUCACGUGCUGUCGAUUCUCCGGAGGGUUCUGGGAGAGUCGCCGUCUGCACUGCAGUUGCUGCGAGAUGCUGGUGCCUGGCCGACGCUCUUCUCUGACCGGUUCUUUUUCUUUGACUCCACCACUGUUGCGGAUUGUGCCCCGUCGACUCACGGUGGUGGGGCGUUUGGAGGGUUUGCGCACCCUUUUUCUUGGCGCGGGGCGGCUGGGAACGGGGAAGGGGGUGCAGGGGACGGGAAGGGGAAGCAUGUGCGGCGGAGGUCGACUGGAGGGGGGCUGGUGUUAGGGUUUGGGUUGGAGGGCGGAGGAGCAGCAGCAGGAGCAGGAGCAGGAGGAGCAGGAGGAGCAAGGGGAGCAGGGGGGGCAGGGGGAGCAGGAGGGGCAGCAGGGGCAGGAGGAGCAGGAAAGGCAGACGGGGGGUUGGUAGUCCCGGCUCGCCCCAGACCUCGUCUGUUCAAAUCCCCCAGCACAUCCAGCUCUUCCUCUCUCGAGACCGCAGCAGCCGCAGCCAUUGCUGCUUAUGACACCAGCACUGGCGGCAGCAGCGGCGGCGGCGCCAGCAGCGCUGCUUCCAGAUCCGCAGGAGCAGCCGCCGCAGCCGCUGCUAUCGCUGCUGCCUCCGCCGCAGCCGCCGCAGCCUCUGGUGGUGCUGCUGCUGCUCCUGCAGCUGCGGGCGAUCGCCGGCCGCGCAUGCGCAAGUCCCCAAGCACUUCCAGCAGUUACGAGGCGAGCAAGUUUGAGGAGUUCACAGGAGGAGCCAUGGCAGCAGCAGGCGGUGUGGGUACCGUAGCCGCACGGGCCCUUCGACGCCUCGCCUCCCCGAACCUUCCCCCUUCCUCAGGCACCAAAUCCUCCUCCCGGCCUAACUCUCCGUCUAUCUUUGCAGUUGAUCCUCAUGGUGUGGCCGCUGCGAAUGUGGCUGGUAGCAGAAUGCUGUCCCCUCUCUUUCACCCGUUUGGGUUGGAUGUGAGGGGGGGGGGGGAGGGAGGCUUGGGCGGAGGGGGAGGGGGAGGGGGAGCGGACGGAGCGCUUGAGUAUGUGGCAGUGGGGGAGAGUACGGAUGCCGAGACGCUGCGGAUGAAUGUGGUGGCUUUCCUGGAAGUUGCUGCGUCGCUUGAUGGGUUGGCAAAUAUGGAGCCGGAGUGUGCGGCGCUGCUGACAGCACUGAGGCAAGCUGCCAUAUGCGCCUCGGCGUGUGUCAUGCUCGCGCGCUGCUUCCAGCGCCUGCAGCAGAUCGUGGGAGAUCUCUUUGUUGAAGCGAUCAUAGCCGUCGAUGCGCUCGCCACCAUCGCUGCGAUCAUGACACGUCAGCAGCAGUACCGCCCCGCUGCUGCUGCUGCUGCCGCUGCUCCUGCCGCCUCCCUCCCGUUCUCGUUCGCCCCCAUGGGAAGUGCUGCUGGUGCUGGUGGUGGCGGCGGUGGUGGAAGGAUUACGGGUGGAGGAGGCGGAACGACAAGUGCUGCUGGUGGCACUGCUGCUGCUGGUGCAGCUGGUGGUGGUGGUAGUCAAGGGGGAGGUGGGUUUGGAGCGAGUGGGUCUGGAGGAGGAGGAGGAGGAGGAGGAGGCUCGCUUCUCCCCCUCCCCCCAUCCAGACGCAGCUCUUCCUCGUCUGCACUGCCGCUCCCGCCCUCCAUGCCGCAAGCUUCAGGGGACGCAGCAGGAGGGGCAGGCAGCGAGGGGGGCACUGGGGCUGCUGGCUCUUCUGCUGCUUCUUCUGGUGGGUUGGGUGCUGGUUCCGGUUCCGGUCUCAGUGCUGGUACUGGGAGCAGCAUGCAGAGAUUCGGAGGCGGCGGAGGAGGCAGAGGCGGGGCGGUUGAGCGAAGCAGCAGCGCCAAUGCUGCGGACAGAAGCCGGCCAGGCGACGCCAACACCGACCUCACCAGCAGCAGCAGCAGCGGCGCCAUCAGCAGCAGCAGCAACACCGGCGGCGGCGGCGGCGGCAGCAGCAGCAAGGCGCCGAGUGAGGUGCCGUGGAAUGUGCGCAUGGCGAUAUUCACUCUGCUGGAGGCGCUGUUAGGAUCGUCCACCACGGUGGUGCGAGCAGCGUCACGCAGCGCUGCUCUGGCAGACACAGUGUUCAAGCUCGUGGUGGAGCAGAAGACACGCUCCAUGGCCCUGCGCCUUGUCAUCUCGCUCAUCAAGGUAUCGGAGGCGGAUGCAGCGGGGGAGGGAACGGUGUUUGUAUCGCGGCUGAUGGAGGCCUUUGCGCAUGCCAAGGGCGACAGCCACACGCACGGGGUCGCUGUUCUCGCUGACCUCCUCACUGCCCUCCGCCACAUUGUCGACUUCGACCCUCCUCGCUUCCAAGAGUUGUUUCUGGACGCGCAGUGCGGGCUGCAUCUCCUCUCCCUUCUCAACGGCACCUACCAGCCAGCAGACGGGCAGCAGCUCGCCCUGCAAGUCCUGCGCACGCUCACCCGCCUGCUCGCGGGCAACGACACAGCCAAAGCCGUCAUGCGGCGGCUUGGAGACCCGGGGUAUGCGCGGCUGUCCCAGAUGCUGCUGGAGCAGUACCGGGGGCGGCCCACGGGGCAGCUGCUGCUGUGCGUCAUGGACUUUGUUGUGGAUGGGAGCUUUGCCCCCCGGACCAACAUGCUCAUACAGAACGAGGACGCAGUGGUGCUCUUCAUCUCUCUCCUCCGCAAGGCAGACGGGCACCUCGUGGGCGAGGGCCUAGAAACCCUGGAAGGCCUGGUCGCCUCCUCGACAGCCAACUGCGCCUCCUGCGUGCGGGCCGGCCUAAUGUGGCUGCUCCUAAACUGGAUGCCGGAAGUCCAAGACGACAACACCCUCGCUCAAAUCGGCCGGUUGUUAGAGGCAGUCGGAGGGCACAGCAUCGGAGGGAAGGAUAUGAGCGCGAUCUUUUCUCUGCUGAGAAGCACCAAGGAUGGGUGCCGGCCGCGGCACGCCACGCUGCUGAUUCGCACGCUGCAGGCGUUGGUGAAGGACGACGGGCCGCCUGUUUUUUUCGAGCUCAAUGGGAAGAACUCGGGGAUUGACGCGGCCGCGCGGCCGUUCCGGUUUCCGACGGCGAGAGGGUAUACGUUCUGCUGCUGGCUGCGAGUUGAGGCGUUUCCGGCGACUGUUGUUUCGAGCACGAGCGGGGAUGCGGGGAAAGGGGGGAAGCCUGGAGGGGGAGCAGGGGGUGGGGGAGUGGGGGGAGGUGGUGUUGGAGAGGGGGCAGGAGGGACGGUGGUGGAUGGGCCGUAUGAUGGGGCGAUGGGGCUGUUCCGGUUUAUGACUGAGUUCAAGAGGGGGUGCAGUGCACUCAUCAGCCCAAGCAGUCUUAUUGUGCAGGUGCCGGUAGGCAGUGGGGGCAGGGAACCAGAGUUCAUAUUCAACUACCCCUUCCAUGCCAAGCGCUGGUACCACAUCGCCAUCUCACACUCCGUUGCUACCUUUGCCACUGCCGCCACGCUGCGCCUCUUUGUGGACGGCAAACUCAUCGAGACAGGGCGCAUGGGCUACCCCAAGAUCUACGACCCGCUGGUAGAAUGCACUAUAGCCGCCGCCGUGCCUUUACCAGAAGACCCCGUUCUCGCCCUCCGCAUGCCCACGCACGCGCCCCCUCCCCCCCGCCGCUCCGCUGCUUUCCGGGGCCAGAUCGGUCCGAUAUACCUCUUUGAGGACGCGCUAGUGUCCUCUCAGGUGGAGGGUAUCUACCUCCUGGGUCCUGGGUACAUGUAUUCGUUUCUGCCCGGGGAAUCCGGGCUGCCCAAGGAGGGCCCUGCGGCGCAGAUUCUGUCGGAUUCCAAGGAUGGGCUGUCUGCUAAGAUCGUUGCGAGCUUCAAUGCGCAGGCAAGCCAGGGCCGCACCAUAUUCAACACAGCGCCCAUCCUCGACGCGCCGUCCGACGCGCCGCUCUGUGACACGGCAGCCAUCAUGCCAGGCGUGCAGCUGUGCUCGCGGCAGCGGGUGCAGGACGUGAUCAACUGUGUGGGAGGCAUCGCAGUCCUCUUCCCUCUCUUCACCCAGCUGGAUCAACCUGUGGAAGGCCAGCACCAGCCGCAGCGCUCCUCCCGCUUCAAAGACGAGCCUCCCGCGGGCGUCGACCCGCAUCUAGCCCUCGACGUGAUCGGGUUACUCACGGCGGUGCUCGCCGGGAAUCGCACGAGCCAGCAGUAUAUGCUCUCCGCACACGGGUUCGGAGUAAUUAACUUUCUGCUGCAGCGCGUGUCUCCCCAGCACCUCUCUGUGAAAUUCGUUCUUGCAAUGGAGAAUCUCGUCGGCUGUAUCUCCCAUGAGCGCGGCACGGAUCAGGGCCUUGCUGAGAUCCUGACCGUCGAUGCCAUCUGCCGGCUGUAUCUCGAUCCGAUGGUCUGGAUUUACACCUCAUACGCAGUCCAACACGAGCUCUACACAUCGCUGCUGCGACUGCUAGAGAAAGAAGGAGAGCCGGCGCGUCUCCGCACCUUCUGCACCCUCCAACGGCUCCUCGACAUGGUCAGGCAGUUCUACUGGGAGAAGGCGCAGGGCCCCCACGCCAUCGGCACGCGUCCCCUCGUGCACCCCGUCACCCGCUCCGUCAUCGCCGUUCGGCCCAGCUCGGCAGAAAUCGCCAAGCUUCGCUUGCUCGUGCUGGGGCUCGCGGACCGAGUCAUCCGCGACGGACUCUCCCUGCCAGAAGUAAAAGCCGUGGUGGCGUAUCUGGAAACGAGCAAGGAUAUAGUAGCGAUGGAGGAUGUGUUACACUGCAUGCUGGGUCUCCUCGGCCGCACCCCCUGCCUCUCCUCCGUCCUCUCCCACGUGCAUUCCAUCGGAGGCUGCCACAUCUUCCUCUCCCUCAUGACCCGCUCUCUCGAAGGCGUGCGGCUCCUGGGUCUACGUCUCCUCGGCACUAUCUUCAGUGCCACGCCUACGGAUCGGCGGUCGGGAGCGGACGCAUACGCAUGGGCGUCGAGCACGGGGAGGGAGGCGUUUGAGAGUGCGGGAGGGGGGGAACCGGCGGCCAUGGAGGAGUCGUAUGCACGCACGCUGUGGACGCAUGUCGAGUCGUCGCUCUCUGCGUUUCCCUUCUCGCCGGCUACCCGGGCUGCGCUGUUUGACGUGCUGUUGGGGGGAGCGAGCUCCAAAGAGGCCAUGCGCAAGUGGUCGAACCUCUACAAGAGCGGGCUAGGUCGCUUCCAGGAAGGCCUGCGGGACUCGGCAGGAACAGCAGUCCUAGAAGCCGGGGGGAGCAGCAGCGGUGUCGUAGCCAUCAUGGUCGUCCCCCAGGUCUUACGAGUGGUCCUGCGCUUACUCCGCGCCUGCACUCCUGAUCUCCGCACCGCCGUGCUCCGGGACUUGCUUGUUUUGCUCGAUUCGGAUGAUUCGAACAUGAGCGUGUUUCUGCAGCAGGUGGGGUGGCAGGAUUGGCUGCUAAUGGUGCUGCUCGCAGUGACCAGCGGGCAGCGGGACGGGAUGGGAAUGGGUGGAGAAGGGGACGAGUCCGGGGUGAUCCUAGAGGAGGACUUGGAUUUGGAUGAGUAUGAGGCGGGGAUGUUGGAUGAGGAGGAGGAGAUGGAGGGGGAGAGUGAGGAGGAGCAGCUGAUCUGGCAGCUGUUUGCAUGCCUACAUGCGCAUGCGCUUAUUCAUUUCAAGAAUGGCGCACAGCACGUCACCACCACCAUCACCUACAUCCAGCUGCUGUGCCCUGAUCAGGCGUCGGUGUGGACGAAGCGGGUGUUAGCAGACGUGUUUGAGGCGCUCUGUGUGCUCUGCCCCUCGGAAGACACCAUGAACGCUGUUCCCCUCCGCGACAAUUUCUCCCUCCUCCUCACUCUUCUCGAUGACUGCACUGUUGACGACUCCCGCCAACUCUUCCAGUCCUGUGUCAUGUCCUCCCGUCUGUCUUCUCUGCCCCACUAUCUCAACCUUCCUCCCACCCUCAUCUCCAUUCCUUCCCCUUCUCGAUCUCACCCCCCGCCUACUGGUGCACACCCCUCAUUCCGUUGCUCUGCGACCCCAGCAGCGCUACCAGCGCCCAGAGCUCCCUCCGGACGAGGCAGCAGCGCGGUGGCGCCUGUUCGACCACGUGUGGGCCUCCUCAGUGCUCUUUGUUGCCCAAUUGAAUCAACGUCCCCCCUCUCGCCCACCUCUCCCCAACUCUCCCCUCCCUCUUCCCCCGCUCUUUCCCUGCUCGUCCCCCCCUCUCUCCCCCCAUCUUCCCCUCCCCCCAUCUUCCCCUCCCCCAGGAGCACAUUCCCUGACAUACAGCGACCCCAGCAGCGCUACCAGCGCCCAGAGCUCCCUCCGGACGAGGCAGCAGCGCGGUGGCGCCUGUUCGACCGCGUGUGGGCCUCCUUCUCAGUGCUCUCUGGCGCCCAAGACCCCGCCGCCUCAGCCUAUUCCCAGUCCCAACUCGAGCAGCAGCAGCAGCAGGCCAUGAGCUAUUUCUCCCUCGCUGGAAUCAGCCGGACUGGGCUGGCCCUGGUGGGGUCGGGUGGGGGGGGUGCGGACGGGGGGAGGGGUGCAUCGGGGCCGGGGGAUAAGGCGACGAGGCAGCGGAAUGAGCACUGUUUGCAUGUGGCGUUUCGGCUGGUGCUGUUUUAUUUGUAUGACGCGGAGCUAGAGGCUACCUCGCAGUGCAUGCAGCAGUUUGCUCUCAUCCUGCCCGCGCUGCUGCACUCGUGUGCGGAUACCACCUCCCUCAGAAACCACCUGCACCUCUUCCUCUGGGCUCUGGUGCAGGCUCGGGAGAAGCUGGAGCAGCAGGCUCGGGACCGGCUAGCGGCGCGGGAGGCAGGGAGGGAGGCAGGCGCGAGGCAGCACAUAGCAUCCCAACUGAUCCGCGAGGUGGUGGAGAGAGCGAAAUCUGUGCUCGUGGCAUCGAUAGCCGAGAGGAGGCCGGGCGGUGGGGGCAGCGUGGGGGACUUCUCAGUGUACAGCCUGCUGCAGCAGGAUCGAGUGCAGGAGGCGUUGAAGGAGGAGGAGACGUUGGUGGAGGUGCUAGGAGAGCGGCGCAUGCAGGCCCCUGAGGCACUGCGGGGCGAGGUGGGGGAGAGGGAGGCGGUGGAGCGAGAGCUGCUAGAGGCGAUGGAGGAGCACAGGCGCGCUAUACUCACAGAGCUCACCACGGAGGAGAGCAAGAGGCGGGCUACGGUCCGCGUGGGCUAUGAGGAGGAGCAGCAGUUCCUCGCUGGCCGGUGGAACCAGCUGUUCCGGGAUCUCACGAACGAGCGGGGAGCGUGGUCGCCCGGGCGCCUACCCACAGACGCGCCCGCUCGCUGGAAGCUCGACAAGAUGGAAGACCCCAUCCGCCGCCGCUUCCGCCUUCGCCCCAACUACCGCUUCAACCCCGUCCUCUGCACCCCCGCCUCCUCCGCCUCCACCACCUCCUCCGCGCUCGCGUCUCCCUCCUCUGUCAAGUCGCCCAGCAGCGGCGGUGCGUCGCCCAUGCUUCUGUCUCCUCUCGCCGGCGGAGGGUAUCUCAACUCUCCGCUGACUGCGACUAAGACAGCGGCACAGCAGGCUGUGCUACUGCUGAAGGGGUUAAGAGGCGUGCAGGCGCAGUUAGAAGCCGCCGCAGAGGAAGCUCAUGUGGAAAACGAUGCAAUGGAGGAAGCAGCGGUGAGAGAGCAGGAAGAGGCAGGAUCGCCAAAGGUGAACAAAUUCGAGGAGGGUUUGGGCGAUGAGAUGUCUACAGAUGAGCCGGCAGAUGAUGUGGUGCUCAUGUCUGUGCCCUGCGUGCUGGUGACUGCGAAACGGAAGCUGGCUGGGAGGCUAGAGAUUAUGCGAACCGUGGUGCAUUUUCACACAGAGUUUGUGGUUGAAGGGAACGGGAGCGCGUCUGUGUUUGAUCAGAAUGGCCAGCUGAGACACGACACGGCCGCGACGGCAACCGCGGCUGCUUCUGCUGCGGUUGCGUCUGCUGCAUCAGCAACUGGGACGUCUGGCCCCUCUUCUGCCUCCUCUGCUGCAUCCGCCACCACCGCCCCUGCACCCGCAGUACCCGAAACCCCUCUUUCGAUUUCCGUCACAGGGUUUGGACCAGGAGGAGGAUCAGGAGCGACCAACUCGCCUGUAACCCCCACCGGGGGGAUGAUCACGGGAAGCAGCAGCACCACGAGCAGCAGCAGCGGGUCGGUCCCUGCGACUCCCAGCACGGCGUCUCGGUGGCGGCGGCUGCAUACCAAGCUCGCGCUGCUCUCCCCUCGAAGCUCCUCCGGAAAGCUGCUAGAGCAGCUGGUGACAAGCAACCAGAAGAACGUGGAUUUCCACAACGAUGUGAAGCGGCACCGGCGGUGGCCACUAGCUGUUGUGAAGCGGAUCCACAUCACGAGGUAUCUGCUGCGGUUCUCUGCGGUUGAGAUCUUCUUUUCCUCGUCCUACGCGCCUGUGUUUCUCAACUUCUCCUCGGUGGUAAAUGCUAAGGACGUGGCCACUCGCCUGGCGAAUCUGACCCAUGUGAUUCAGCGGAACAGAGGCGGGGACAGGGAUAGAAGCAGCUCAGGCGGAGGCGGGGCAGGGGGAGGAGGUGGGGGCGCGGGCGUGGGAGGGAGCAUCUGGGACGGGGUUUUACUGGUGGAUAAGAGGAGGGCGUUGGAUCUUGCUGAGAGGGCGAAGGCUGCGUGGAGGAGGAGGGAUAUGUGCAACUUUGAGUAUCUUAUGGUGCUGAACACGCUCGCAGGGCGAUCGUACAAUGACCUGAUGCAAUACCCCGUGUUCCCGUGGGUGAUUGCGGAUUAUACCUCGGAGGAUCUGGAUCUGAACAACCCUGAUACGUUCAGGGAUCUGUCGAAGCCCAUUGGUGCUCUCGAUGAGAAGAGGUUCCAGAUGUUUGAGGACCGGUACCACGGGUUUGCGGAUCCCGACAUCCCGAGCUUCUUCUACGGGUCGCACUACUCCACGGCCGGCAUCGUGCUCUUCUUCCUGCUGCGCAUGGAGCCCUUCGCCACACUCAACGUGUCCCUGCAGGGCGGCAAGUUUGACCAUGCGGAUCGGCUCUUCCAUUCAGUGGCAUCAGCAUGGGCCAACUGUCUCUCCAACACCAGCGACGUCAAGGAGCUCAUCCCCGAGUUCUACUACCACCCCGAGUUCCUGGUCAACAAGAACGGCUACUUCCUGGGCGUGCGGCAGGACGGCCACGCGCUUGGAGAUGUGGUGCUGCCGCCCUGGGCUAAGGGCUCCCCCGAGACGUUUGUGCGCAAGUGCAGGGAGGCCCUGGAGUGCGAGUAUGUUAGCAGCCGGCUGCACGAGUGGGUCGACCUCAUCUUCGGCUUCCGCCAGCGCGGCCAGGAAGCCAUUGACGCUGGCAACGUGUUCUACUACCUCACAUACGAGGGCUCUGUGGAUCUAGACGCCAUCACCAACCCCUUUGAGCGGGCCUCAGUAGAGGAUCAGAUCGCCAACUUCGGCCAGACGCCCCUGCAGCUCUUCCGCAAGCCGCACCCGCGCCGAGGCCCCCCUGUCCCCGUCCUCCGCCCGCUGCUCUUCUCCCCGUCCUCGCUCGAACUCACCUCGCAACUCCCGCCUCCCGUCCUCACCUCCUCCUCCUCCGCCUCCUCCUCUGCCUCUGGUUCUGCCUCCACUGGUGGCUCGUCUGCCCUGACGUCUAUCCCCAGUGGAGGAGGAGGGGGAGGGGGCGGGGGGUUGGGUGUGUCGCUGUCUUCUUCGGGAUCAGGACAGCCCGGGGAGGGCGAUGUGUCGGUGGUGUUUGUGGGGUUGGUGGAUGGCAAGGCGUGGUGUGUCUACCUGCCUGGCUUGUGUGUCUGUUUGACUGCGUGUUUGCUGUGUGUGUCUGUCGAUGUGUCUGCUGAUGUGUCUGCUGAUGUGUCUGCUGAUGUGUCUCCUGAUGUGUCUGCUGGUGUCUCUGCUGGUGUCUCUGCUGGUGUGUUUGCUGGUGUGUUUGCUGGUGUGUUUGCUGGUGUGUUUGCUGGUGUGUUUGCUGGUGUGUUUGCUGGUGUGUUUGCUGGUGUGUUUGCUGCUGUGUUUGCUGCUGUGUUUGCUGCUGUGUUUGCUGGUGUGUUUGCUGCUGUGUUUGCUGCUGUGUUUGCUGGUGUGUUAGCUGGUGUGUUAGCUGGUGUGUUUGCUGCUGUGUUUGCUGCUGUGUUUGCUGCUGUGUUUGCUGCUGUGUUUGCUGCUGUGUUUGCUGCUGUGUUUGCUGCUGUGUUUGCUGCUGUGUUUGCUGGAGCCCUACAUCGGUUUUGGAGACUCCAUCUUCCUGCGCCGCAUAGGAGCCCCAGUCACCAGCAGCGUGGAGGCCACUCCCAACUGCUACAAGCUUUCUCAAAACCUUACUCCCCCCGUUCCUCUCCCAACCAGGAGCCCUACAUCGGCUUCGGGGACUCCAUCUUCCUGCGUCGCAUAGGAGCGCCCAUCGCCAGCAGCGUGGAGGCCACUCCCAACUGCUUCGACAUCCUACAGCCGCCCUCGGCAGCCUCUGCCUCCGCACCCUCGUACCUGCUCACGUGCGGGCACUGGGACAAUAGCUUCCGCUGCGUGUCGCUGUCGGAUGGGAAGGUUGUGCGCACCAUUCGCGCUCACAAUGACGUCGUUACCUGCCUCGCGGUAUCAGCGCAGGGCACAUCAAUCGUGACAGGCAGCGCGGACACCACAGUCAUGGUCUGGGAAGUCGAGCGAACCGCCCGCAGCCGCCCGGAGCACGUCGUGUACGACAAGCCUCGUCUCGUUCUGUGCGGGCACGACGACGCCGUGACGUGCGUUGCCGUCCGCUCAGAGCUCGAUCUCGUGGUCAGCGGAUCCACAGAUGGAACCAUCAUCCUCUACACUCUCCACCGCGGUCGCUUCUUGCGCUCACUUGCUCUCCCCUCCACCUCCUCUUCCUCCUCGUCCCUUCGCGGCAACACCUCCGGCAGUACUACACCAAAGAAAACCUUCACUAAGAGCGCCAGCGGCCGUCUCCUCAGCAUAUCGCCCGUCGGCUCUCCCCGUUCCAUUUCCGCAGCAAGCGGGAAAAGCGGCAGCAGCACGAAAACGGAAAGAGGCAGCCCGGUGCACAGCCUAGUCGUCUCCACCUCUGGGAUCAUCGUGGCUUACUCCGAAACCGAUCUUCUGCUGCACUCUGCGUCUAUCAACGGAGAAUGGCUAGCUUCUGCGGAUGUGAGCGAGCGAAUCGGAGCCAUGGCUACUACUGUUUGUGGCGAGUUCCUGGUCACGGGUGGGAGCUCGUUCGGCGGCGUGGUUGUGCGGUCGAUUUUCACUCUGGAAGAAAUUGUUCGGUUUGACGGGCAGGGUAUGCAAAAGUGGAUCACUGACUACCUCUCGUCGUCUACCACCGGUUUCACCUGCCUCGUUCCGCCCAACGCCGCUUUCAGGACCGCCAAGGCAGCCACCCUGAAACCAUACGCCAAGACCCCAGCCACCCUCCAGGAUCUGCUCAAGUUCGGCAUGCUCAACUUCCAGGCCACUCCCCAGCGCUUGGCAAAGGACGCGGUCGGCCAGGGCUACGUCACCUUCAGCGGCACCGGCAGGCAGAUCCAGAAGUACAAGGCCGCCAAGCCCGGCGCUGUGACCGUGGGCCCUCAGUUCGCUCAGCAGGGUUACGAGCUGGCGAAUAUUACCAAGAUCUUGUACAGGGACCCCACGGCCAUCUGCUACGAGAUCGACAACGCCCUUAUUCCGAUCAAGUAG